AUGGGCCUUUCACCUCCCACCCGCGAGUACGCAGCGCCGCCUCGCCCAAGUUUCGACAGCCCAGGCAAGGCUAUGUACCCUCUCUCGAUCGCUCCACCCCGUAUGCGAUUGCCGCCGACCAAGAAGCACAUCGACAACACCUCUCCCGUCAAGAGAGGAUUGGGAAGCAAGCCUCAUCAAGACUUUCUGAAAGGCAUCGGUGGCUUGGCUCUAUCAGAAAUGAAACCCGAGAAACAGAUGGAGGCUUUUGAUGAGCGCGAUUGUCACGAUAUGAGAACAUCGCCGGUCAAGCAGCGAGAAGAGGCGGGUACCUCUGUGGUGAGAUCAUUGAGUUCGGCUGUGAGGAGCUUGCGUCGGAGAGUUGGGAGUCGUGAGGAACAGAGGAACUGA